UGUGCCGUCAUCAACAGUCAGUCCCAGCUUGGAGCAGCAAACUGUUCACAGCUCAUACUCAAUAAACAGCAGCUACUGUUGGACUUCUGGAUUUGACAAAGCAAUUCUACUUUUUAUUUAGAAAGAGGUUCUCUGAGGAGUUAUGGGUGCCCACGGAUCCAGCCUGGAUGAAGUCUUGGCUGAGGAUAUGCACCACUGGUACAACAAGUUCAUGAGGGAAUCGCCAUCAGGUCUCAUCACGCUUUUUGAACUCAAAACCAUGCUACAGAUGCAGGGGAUGUCUGAGGAAGCCAGUGGCUAUGUGGACCAAGUCUUCUACACCUUUGACAUGGAUGGGGAUGGCUAUAUAGAUUUUGUAGAAUACAUCGCAGCUGUAAGUCUGCUACUGAAAGGAGAGAUAAACCAGAAACUGAAGUGGUACUUCAAACUCUUUGAUCAGGAUGGAAACGGCAAGAUUGACAGAGAUGAAAUGGAGACCAUAUUCAAAGCCAUCCAGGACAUUACUCGGAGUUAUGAUAUCCCUCCAGAUGAUAUUGUGACUCUGAUCUAUGAGAGGAUUGAUGUCAAUAAUGAAGGUGAGUUGACAUUGGAGGAGUUCAUCACAGGUGCUAAAGAACAUCCUGAUAUCAUGGAGAUGCUCACCAAGAUGAUGGACCUCACCCAUGUCUUGGAGAUCAUAGUCAAUGGGCAGAAAAAGAAGGAGUGACUGCCAAUGUUUGAUGUGUUGCACAAUAAAAGGAUCCCAUCCUGAUUAAAGAUGAUCAGCUCUGUGGCUUAAGGGUGUAAAACAGACUCAAUAGAAGAUGAAACCUGCUAGCAGCAUCUCAGAGGUGGACACGAGUGAUCAUCAUCUGUGAUUGUCUUCCAUAUACUUUCUCUCUGUUUCUGUGCCUCCAGAUACCCAGUUUAGUAGAACUAUCUCUUCCCUCUCUACUUUUAACUGCAUCACCUUUACAGAUCAGAAAAUGUCAUUCUUGCAGACAGAAAUGACACAGGAGGAGAUAAAUCCAUGGUUUAAUGGAUCAUUUGUCUUGUUUGCUGGGGUAUGAAGCAUGUUCUUAGCAAUGGAUAUGCUAUGAUCUGCUGUACUUACAGUGAAUAUAAAACAUAUUUAGACACUUAAGCCUCAGUUAAAUUUUAGCAAUGCAAAAUAUCAUUAAUAAUAAUCUAAUUAAUGAUAUAAUGAUAUUUAUUUUUACAAAAAGAUACCACAUACUUUUUAGAAAGCAUUUCACAAGAAGGAAAAUGUUCAAAAUUAACUGUACACAAUAAAAACAGAUAAAAACCAUACAAUAUACUGUAUACCAUACUAAAUGAAGAGUUGGAUGAGUUGUAAAGUGGAUCAUGUUCAUGUCAUUAACUUGGGCAUCAAGAAAUAUGAGAAGUCAAAAAAAGUUUGAAGAAAAAGGCUUGAAGCCCAAGUUUACUAGUUGGUUUGAUAUUUUCUAAUCGGAAAAUCUAAUGAAAUAUGCAUUCAGACUAUUUUAAAUGUGACUUACUUUAAAUGUCCAAAUACUGUUUAGGGGACACUGUGUAAGGAGGGGCCAUGUUAUAAAUAAUUGUACAGUUUUUCUAUUGAUGUAUGUGAUCUUCAUUCUGAAUUUUGACAUUUUGUGCUGAAUUAUUUAGAUAACUCUUCAGUUCUAACCAUUGCCUUACAUAAAUAAAUGCAGUAUGCUGCACAUUUGGACUCCUGCUUCCUGUCUUACUAUUACUAUUGCUUUAACUUAGAGAAAAUGAUUUUUAAAAGUUUUAAAAGUUUGCCUAAAUAAACAGUACUUAUAAAAAAGGUGUAAAAACAUGAAUUUACCUUAAAUAUAUUACCUUAAAUUUAAAUAAACUACAAGGGGUUAUUUAAAAGUGAACAAAAGCCAACAAUAUUCCCAUAUUGUCAAGCAUCUGGUCUGGCAACAAAGUGAGAAAUGAAAAGUAUACAAAAAUGUAUAAUGAAUGUAAUGUACAAAUAUGAAUAAACUGUAGAAGAACUUUAAUAGUUAUUUAAUUGACAUACAUUGUUUAUUGCAUGGGUGUGGCUGAUCUACAUUUACAUUGUACUAAGGUUUCAUGAGUGUUUCAUUGAGUGUAAAUGUAGUAUUUUUUCUACUAUUUGAGCAUGAGGAAUACCUUGAAAAGUUUGUCACAAUGAAGUAUGCAUUGUACUCUGCCAGCACACGUACAUCACCAAGACAUCUAUUUGAUGUCUGCAUUUACAUCUGCAUUUUUUUUAGAGUGUUUGCUCAUCUUCAAUACGUCUAUAGGAUGUUUCCUAUCGAAUGUCAAAUAGACGUCUGUUAGAUGUCUUUAAGAUGUUUAUGAUUUAGCAUGUAUGAAAAACUGACAUCUUACAGACAUCUGUCAGAUGUUUGUACACAGCAGAUGCUUUCCAGAUCAAGAGAUCUUUAACAGACAUCUUAUAGACGUACAUGUGCUAUCUGGGUAAUCAUCUACAACCUGUUCCCAUCAUUCUUAUUGAAUGUACAGUAGGGUCAUCACACUUUUUAUGAGAAAACUGCAAGUCAUUUACAUUGUGUUCAAGCUAUGAGAAUUAAAUGCAUGACUUUUGAUGUGUUCACAUUAUGCAUCAUCCUACAGCAUGUUCAUUAUUAAAGACUUUAUUACAUGCCAAUUUAAUCAGGAAAUUUUUAUUAUUGUUAUUUUUAAUGAGAAUUCAUAUCGCCACUGGUGUCACA